AUGAAGAUUGAUCUGAAUAAGGUGGCUCGUAAGAUCGAGGUCGAUAACCGUAUUCCUCUUCGUAACUACUACCGCAUCGCCGAUAAUCUUCUCCGUCAGGCCAGCAUAUACCGAGAAGAGAAGAAUGUUGUUGAUUUGUAUAUUAUGCUUCUUAGAUAUUCAAGUUUGAUUUCUGAAACCAUUCCUUUCCAUCAAGAUUACCAGGCAUCGCUUCCACAAGCCAGACUUGGGAGCAGGAAGAAGUUGCGGUCUGUAAUCAAUGAGCUCGAGUCUCUGAAACCGGAAUUCGACCGUCGUGUGGAUGAACUGAACAGAGAAGAUGAUGAAUCACAUCGGAUUGGAAGUGACUUCCCUGUUGUAUCAAGAGAUGCUGUUGAAUGGCCUCAUGUCCACAGAGAUCCUUACCCUAGACCUGAUAUUAAGAAGGUUCAAGACUUUAAAAUUUCAGUUUAG